AUGCGGCUACGCUCUGCUUCUCUGGUGACAGCCGAGGACCAGCGGCGGCGCGGCAACGCGGCUGCGCUGUUGGGGGAGCUCCACUCUGUGCUGCAGGGCGCUGGGCUGCAGAAGGUGGUCGCCAUCAUAGCAGAGGACACCGACGCGUCGCGCGCCGCGCGUGACCGCCUGCUCAAGCGCCGCUUCGGCUACCGCGACCUGGACAUAGAGCAGCUCGUGGCGUGGAGGGCGGAGCUGCCGGAAUACAACAAGUCGCUGGUGGGGGGCUUCACCCUGUUGGAGCGGCCGCUGGGUGCCGAGCGGCGCCGGUAG